AUGAAAAAAGUCAUCAAGAUGAAUCACUGGAGUCAAAGGCUUUAUCUGCAGAGGACCAGGUAAAGGACCAUUCCAGUGGAACUCGAGUGGUAGCAGGUCAAAUCUUCCUUGAAUCAGGGAAGUCAGACUCUCAGUCAGAGCGUGAAGAGGACUUUCACAGUCAAGAGGAGGAAAAAGACAAUAUGCUGGAAGAGUUGAACACUCUAGAAAUGUUAAAUCUAUUAAAUAAGGAUUUGGAAGAAGCAGAAAUACAGAGUCUAGUUUUAACAGCUAUUGGUGGUACUGCAGACGGUGAACCUUGCCACAUCCCCUUUUUGUUUAUGGAGAAGGAGUACACAGAGUGUACGGCAGAUGGGAGAGAAGAUGGCAGGCUUUGGUGUGCAACAACCUAUGAUUACAGGAAAGAUCAGAAAUGGGGCUUCUGUGAAACUGAAGAGCAGUCUAAUAAGAGAAGGCAGAUGCAAGAAGCUGAGGAUGUUUAUCAGACUGGAAUGAAAAUCCUUAAUGAAAGCGGUAAAAAGGCUCAAAAGAAGGAAGCAUAUCGAUAUCUUCUGAAAGCAGCUGACAUGAAUCAUACCAAGGCAAUGGAGAAAGUGUCUUACGCUUUGUUGUUUGGAGAUUACCUGAAACAGAACAUCCAGUCAUCAAAAGAACUAUUUGAAAAACUGGCAGAAGAAGGUUCUCCUACAGGACAAACGGCUCUUGGAUUUUUAUAUGCGUCUGGCCUAGGAGUCAACUCUAGUCAAGCUAAGGCCCUGGUGUAUAACACUUUUGGAGCUUUAGGAGGAAAUCUGAUUGGCCAUAUGAUAUUGGGUUACCGGUACUGGGCUGGGAUAGGAGUCCUACGAAGUUGUGAAUCUGCUCUCACUCAUUACAGACUUGUAGCUAAUCACGUUGCUAGCGACAUUUCUUUGACUGGUGGCACAGUGGUUCAGCGAAUUCGCUUAGCAGAUGAAGUAGAAAACCCAGGAAUGGCAAGUGGGAUGCUAGAAAAAGACUUGAUUCAGUAUUAUCAGUUUUUAGCAGAGAAAGGAGAUGUACAAGCACAGGUUGGCCUUGGACAGUUGCACUUGCAUGGAGGAAGAGGAGUAGAACAAAAUCAUCAGCGAGCGUUUGAGUACUUCAAUCAAGCAGCUAAUGCUGGCAAUUCACAUGCCAUGGCGUUUCUAGGAAAGAUGUACUCAGAAGGAAGUGACGUGGUACCUCAGAGCAAUGAAACAGCGCUUCAGUAUUUCCAGAAAGCUGCUGAUAUGGGCAAUCCAGUUGGACAGAGUGGACUAGGAAUGGCUUACCUCUACGGAAGAGGUGUUCCAGUGAACUAUGAGCUAGCACUGAAGUAUUUCCAGAAGGCUGCAGAACAGGGAUGGGUUGAUGGACAACUUCAACUAGGUUCUAUGUAUUACAAUGGCAUUGGAGUCAAGAGGGACUAUAAAAAAGCUUUGAAAUAUUUUAACUUGGCCUCCCAGGGUGGCCACAUUUUGGCUUUUUAUAAUCUGGCUCAGAUGCAUGCCACUGGCACUGGAGUGAUGCGAUACUGUAAUACUGCUGUUGAGUUGUUUAAGAAUGUAUGUGAACGGGGGCGUUGGUCUGAAAGACUGAUGACUGCCUACAACAGCUAUAAAGAUGGCGAUUCAAAUUCUGCUGUGGUGCAGUAUCUUCUGUUGGCAGAGCAGGGCUAUGAAGUUGCACAAAGCAAUGCUGCUUUCAUACUUGAUCAGAAAGAAGCUAGCAUAGUAGGAGAAAACGAAACCUAUGCUAGAGCUUUGCUUUACUGGAAUAGAGCAGCUUCUCAAGGCUGUACUGUUGCAAGGAUUAAACUUGGAGAUUACCAUUUUUAUGGGUUUGGUACUGAUGUUGACUAUGAAACUGCAUUUAUUCACUAUCGACUCGCAGCAGAGCAACAGCACAGUGCCCAAGCAAUGUUUAAUCUGGGCUACAUGUACGAGAAUGGAUUGGGCGUCAAGCAGGACAUUCAUCUUGCAAAGCGAUUCUAUGACAUGGCAGCUGAAGCAAGCCCAGAUGCUCAGGUUCCAGUCUUCCUAGCACUUUGCAAACUUCGAGUGAUUUAUUUCUUGCAGUAUGUACAAGAGAUCAAUAUAAGGGAGGUAUUCUCACAUAUUGAUAUGGACCAGCUGCUGGGGCCUGAGUGGGACCUUUACCUUAUGACCAUCAUCACCUUGCUUCUGGGAACAAUUAUAGGUUACAGACAAAGGCAACAUCAGGCAAUUCCCAGACCGGCACGACUGCGGCCAGCUGUGCCUCAACAAGAACCACCACCAGAGCAUCAACCACCACAACAGCAACAAGAGCCUCAGUGAAAGAACUGGAUUUUUCCAAAAGGAACAAUUUUUGUUGUGAUUUAGGACUUCGGCUCAACGGUCCCUCCCCCAAAAGAAGUGCAAAGAAGUUUAAAAAAAAAAAAAAAGUCUGAAAGCUGCUU